CCGCGACGUUCAACCUUUGACCGAGCCUUCUCCCCUACUUUUGGUUGGUGUGGCAUGGCUUCUGUUAGCGUCUGGACAAGAUUAAAACCAGCUCUCCCGCCACUUCAAGGCCUGCUAAGAACCUACAGUGUGUCCAGCAGCAAUGAGGGUAACCACUAUGAUCUGGUAGUGGUGGGGGGAGGUAUUGUGGGACUAGCCACUGCUAGAGAGGUGGCCACCAGGUACCCCAACAUGAAGAUUGCCGUUGCAGAGAAAGAAAAUGAUGUCGCACUCCAUCAGUCGGGUCACAACAGCGGUGUCCUUCACACCGGCAUCUACUACACCUCGGGGUCUCUGAAGGCAAGGCUCUGCGUGAGAGGCAUCAAAAUGGCCUACGAAUACUGCGACAAGAAGAGGAUACCUUACAGAAAGUGUGGCAAGUUGAUAGUGGCGGUGGAGAAUGAAGAGGUUCCAAGACUGCAGAGUCUCUACGACAGAGGGAGGGAGAACGGAGUGGCCGAUCUGAGGCUGCUGGACUCAACACAACUCAGAGACAUUGAGCCACACUGCAGAGGAAAGGUGGCGAUCCAUUCUCCCAGUACCGGUAUCGUGGACUGGGGACGUGUGACACGGGCGUACGGAGAAGAUUUCAAGGAAAUGGGUGGACACGUAUAUACCAACUUCAAGGUGAACCGAUUCUCGGUGAACAAGACCUUGAGGAGAGGUUCAGAGCAGUACAAUGUGGUGACAGAAGCUGCAGGAAAGCCUGCGCUGACGUCACAGCACGUCAUAGCCUGCUGUGGUCUCUACUCCGAUCGGGUGGCCGUCCUCUCGGGCUGCUCCCCCGAACCACGAAUCGUCCCGUUCCGUGGGGAAUACCUCCUCCUUCGACCUGAGAAGAGUCAUCUCGUCCGUGGGAAUAUAUACCCUGUCCCGGAUCCCCAGUUCCCAUUCCUGGGUGUCCACUUCACUCCUCGUAUGGACGGUGAGGUGUGGCUUGGGCCCAACGCCGUACUGGCUCUGGCAAGAGAGGGCUACUCUGCCACCGACUUCAACUGGGAGGACUUCAAGGAAAUACUGAGAUUCAGGUAUUUACAGUAGUGGAGGAGUGGAGGAGUGCCAAAUAUAGAGCAUUUUCUGUCUAUUUUACUGCAUGAAGAAGGUGCGUGGUGCAUGCACAUGUAUGAAUGGAGAUAAGGUAAGUCCAGUGUGUCAACGUAAGUAUGCCCACCACUAUAUACAGUUUACUUGCUCUACUGUAUAUCCAUGAUUUAGGUCAUUAGCCUUCAUCUGCUAAAAAGUCUGCCAGAAUACAGUGUAUAGCUAGCUACUUUUAACUGUGGCACUCAAUUUUGGAGUUUCUCUCAAGUAGUGUGUGUGUGUUUGUCGUAAAGCGUGGUGUGUGUGGUUCACUGAUGAUGUGUGUCCACAGAGGUCUGAGGAAGCUGGUGAUGAGGUACUGGAGACUGGGGACACAGGAGGCUCUCCGGAGUCUACUGCUGGCGGCUCAGGUCAGACAGCUACAGAGGUUCGUCCCUGAACUGCAGCCGAGCGACGUCACCAGAGGACCGACAGGAGUUAGAGCCCAAGCAAUGGACACCGACGGCCGACUGAUAGAAGACUUUGUCUUCGCUCAGGGAGAGGGGGAGAUGGGCCGGAGGAUCCUCCACGUCCGCAACGCCCCAUCUCCGGCUGCAACCUCCUCGCUCGCCAUCGCUGAAAUGGUGGCCGACAAAGCCAGAGACACUUUUGGAUGGACCACCCAAUGACUUGAGAAAGUCAUUUCCACAUUCUCUAUGUACGUUUUUGCAAUUCUUAAGAUUUUGAACAGCUCUUGUAUCAAAAGUGUGUUCUUUAGGAGUUGAGCAAUAUAAGCAGUA